ACCGCACCCGACACCGGCUAGCGCAAAGAAGUCGGAAGUCGUCAAGACUGAGCAAAACAAAGGCAGCGUCGAGAUCAUCGAGGUGGCGCCGUCGGGGUCUAAUCGGUCCCGCAAGAUAGCGAACAGCCUUAACCGGACCGAUACCGUACCUAUAACGAUCACGCCUGCGAAGGGGUCGAGCAGAAAAGGAAAGUCAACCGCCCAGACUAGCGAGCCUUUAGAAGACGUCGAGGAAAUACAACCGGCAAACGAAUGCGAGGUCAGGUCGAAGAACGGUCUCCUUCGCCUUUAUUGGUAUCAACAGCCGCCUUCCGCCUCACUUGCCCAGAACAGAAUGUGGAGCCGGACCUGCGUUUCGGGGAAUCGGUGGAACAGUACUUACGAUCCUACACUAUGCUCGAAGAGAACGACGUGGACGAGAAUGCUCUCAGACAUCAAAUCAACUCGACGGCCAAGACAAGGGAACGAAUACGACUGUUUCGAAAGCAUGGGAGAAUGCUUGGACAGCUGGAAGAAGACUCGGAUUCGGAGGAAGAAGGCGAAGGGGAGAAAGAGGCCGCGAGAACGGAUAGAACAUCCAAAAAGAUGACCAUCAGUGCGAUGAAGGCGUUUCCCGAACCAAAGCGGUUGCCAGACCAUAAGGAUCAUCUCCUCGGUCAUGUGACCCAAGUGAGGAAUGCCAUGCUGGUUGACUGGAAGGUCCGCACGGCCAACUCUCGAAAGAUCGCCCGAGCGAUUCAGAUCUACUGGGAAAGAGAAUUGAACAAGGACGACAUCACCGAAAAAAUGGAGGAGAGACGACGAAAACAGGUGAUGCGAGAACUCGUGAAAGCCGUCAAGGCGAAGUGGCAGCUCGCCGUCAAUGUGGUCCGCGCGAAACGUUUGGCAGCCGAAAAAGCUGAACAGGAGCGGGUGGGCAAGGAGCAUCUGCAGUCGAUCUUGGAGAGGAGCCGAAAUCUGUUAGGGAAUCCGCAGACACCGGAUGAAUCGAUGAGUGAAGGGGAUGAGCUUGUGGAAGGUUCCGAUGAGGACCUAGAUCAGGAGGAGGAGGAAGACGAAGACGAAGACGAAGAGGAGAAAGAAGAGGAAGCAGAGAAUCAGCUUGAUGCAGGCGAAUUGGGGACCGAAGCAAAGUCCGAAGCGGAAAGGAUAGGUGACGGCGGAGAGGACGACGCAAGGGAAGAAGAAGAGGAGGAACAGGAGCAGCUGGAGGCACACAGAUUCGGUCCAUCAGAAAGGGAAGAUCCAGCCAAUACUGGUCGUCCCCGGUCAGAAGGAGGAGAAAGUAAUGCUAGCCGUGACUUGAAGGGGGCAGGGUUGAGUGGGGACAGCCAGACCACACCUUUGCAUCAGGCCAGUUCACCAGACGGAAACAACGUGGGCGAGUCGCUGCAGGGAAGUGGUGAAAUCCCUCUUCGACCAAGGCGGUCUCGGGUCACCUACAAGGCCGCCUCGCAUGUUGGUGGUCCUUCAGAAGACCCGGACAUCAGUGACGUAGAAUUUGCCGCUGAGGACGUCUCGGACGAAGACCACAUAAUGGAUGUCGAGAUGGAGGAAGAGGAAGCUGUCAUGGAUUCCGAUGACGAGGAAGACGCGGGUCUGUUGGCGGAUGCAGACUUGCCUCUGGAAGAGCUGAUGGCCAAAUAUGGUUACGGCGCCAACCCAGCGGCAGUCACGUCUAAUCACCAACCGGGAGCACUUUCUGCCGACGAGAACAUGGAUGAAGUCGAGUCGUUGGAUGACGCCGGAAGCAUGUCCGAAGACGACGUUACCUCAAAUGGCUCAUCGGAUGUCUCUCCCCAAGAAGAAGAAGCCAACCCGUCGAUGCGCACACCCUUUCUGAUCCGAGCGAAUCUCCGUCCAUAUCAGUCGGCUGGUUUGGAAUGGCUCGCUCAGCUAUAUCGUGAGCGACGAAACGCUAUUCUCGCGGACGAGAUGGGACUCGGCAAGACAUUGCAGACAAUAGCCCUGCUGGCUCAUCUAGCUUGUGAUCACGGCCGAUGGGGGCCGCAUCUUAUCGUGGUCCCGACUUCCGUUAUCCUCAAUUGGGAAAUGGAGUUCAAGAAGUUCUUGCCCGGUUUCAAGGUUUUGACCUAUUAUGGCAGCCAGCAGGAGAGAAAAGAGCUUAGGAAGGGCUGGCUGGCUCCACAUGCGUUCGAGGUGCUCAUCACCUCUUACCAGAUCGUUCUUGCAGAUCAAUUCCAGUUCAAGCGGAGAAAAUGGGAAUACCUGAUUCUCGAUGAGGCCCACAAUAUCAAAAAUUUCCGCUCCCAGCGAUGGCAAACAUUGCUUGGUUUUCGCUCCGAGAGAAGACUUCUCUUGACAGGGACACCAUUACAGAAUAACCUCAUGGAGCUCUGGUCGCUAUUGUACUUCUUGAUGCCGCAGGGUCUUGUCGACGACGAGGAUAACGGCGGAUUUGCGAACCACAAGGAAUUCAAUGAGUGGUUCUCGAACCCGAUGGAGAAAGCGAUCGAGCUAGGAGGAACCUUGUCGGAAGAAGCUCAAGCUACCGUGAACCGGCUACACCUCAUCUUGAGGCCGUUCAUCUUGCGGCGUCUGAAAGCCGAAGUCGAAACACAACUUCCAGGGAAAUUCGAACACGUCAUUUACUGCGAUCUUUCGAAGAGGCAACGAUACUUGUACGACGAGUACAUGUCGAGAACUUCGACUCGGGAGAGCUUGACCACUGGAGGUUAUCUGGGUGUUGCCAACUGUUUGAUGCAGCUUCGCAAGGUCUGUAACCACCCAGAUCUUUUCGAGGUCCGCGCCAUUCGGACAUCAUUCUCUAUGGACCGGUCCAUUGCCGGUGAGCAGGAGCCCGUUUACACCCGCCUGAACCGCCUUCUUCCCGUGCCAAGUGCCGACAGUCGUAUUGGACACGGCUUUGUGAUAUCGACCUGGGCGCCUGCCUCGGACAUGGCUACAGCCAGCUGCAGCCGCCUAGAUGCAAGUGACCUGCUGCCUAGUAUCCAGCCAGCAAUUUUAAGUCCUCAUCAGGACGUCAGGACAAUCGCGGGAUGGAAGGCCUUUCGUGCGCACCACGAUGCGUCGGCUUUAGCUGACAGAUGGCGGCGCAUAAAGAGCAUCAACCGCAGUCGUUGUUCGACAACACCAGCAUUAAGUCGAGAACUACUCUCUUCGGUCCGUCAACUUGGCAAAUCGCGAUGGUCUGAAUGGGCAGUGACAUCUACCGAUCUGCCAGGUGGGCUCUUCCAAUCACUUCCUGGAAGACUGGCCCAGAACAAGAUGGCCUUGGACCGUUUUGCCGCUAUGACACCCGUCGCUGUAGCCAACGAUCUUGCUGGUUUCUCGCUGCCAAGACAAACCAAAGAAUGUCUAGCAGGACAACCGCGAUCAUUCGACAGCCUGCACCCAAUGGCAGUCAAGCUUCAGAUCGCUUUCCCGGAUCGCUCGCUUCUUCAACACGACUGCGGAAAACUACAGGCACUUCAUACCCUGCUAAAGGACUUGAAGUCAGGCGGACACCGUGUGCUUAUCUUCACUCAGAUGACAAGAAUGCUGGACAUUUUGGAAAUAUUCCUCAGCCAUAACGGACACCGAUACUCACGACUGGACGGCAGUACCAAGGUUGAAGAUCGCCUCCUGGUUACAGAGCGUUUCAAUGCGUCCUCUAAGAUCUUUGCGUUGAUCGCUUCGACUCGGUCUGGAGGGGUCGGAAUCAACUUGACGGGUGCGGAUACGGUCAUUUUCUAUGACAAUGAAUUCAACCCUGCCAUGGACAAGCAAGCGAUGGACCGAGCACAUCGUAUAGGCCAGACGCGCGAGGUCCAUAUAUAUCGCUUGGUAACAGCACACACUGUCGAGGAGAACAUGUUGAAAAAGGCCAAUCAAAAGCGUCGACUGGACGACCUCAUCAUGCAGGAAGGGGACUUCUCGACCGAUUAUCUUGCUAAAGCGGACUUGCGAGACAUGCUAGGCGAAGAUAUAGUCUCUACUCUCGACAAGAACAACGGCCUUUCAACCCAGGAUGAAGAUGAUGCUGCGAAUCACCAGCGCAUCCAAGAAGCGCUAGCUGCAGCUGAAGAUGACGAAGACGCCGAGGCUGCUCGUGCUGCAUACGCCGACGUCGAGCUCGAUGCUCCUGACUUUGGCGUUGAUGAAGGUCAGACUCAUACCCUAACUGAUCGGGAUAUUCGUGGCCAAUCAUUUGAAGAAGAAGGGACACCAGAGCCCGAAGCAGAACAAGAUCGUGAGGAAAAGGCAGACGACGAUGAAGACGAGGAGGAAGAGGAAGAGGGAGGUGCUAUUGACGACUACCUGCUCGACUAUGUCGAUCACGAAUGGAACGACUACUUUAGUCUUUGGAAGGCUAAACGAAUUUGAUGACGAUAAUUGUUUCCCUACGAAAUUGUAUACAAGAUGAAACAUGCCUAUAUAUACAGUACGAUCGCGAUAACAAUCCUGAUCCC